UGCUUUUCUAUACCUGAAAAGCGUCAGAAUAUGAUUGUAAAAAGUAAUAGCCAAUUUAAUAUCCACCUGCACUAAAACUCGACUUGACGGCGAGCCGGGUGGAAAGAGAAAGCCAAUCCAACAGCAGAGCCCCGUGAAAGACACAGAAGAAGAUCAUGCAGUCGUAGAAGAAGAGUAACCGGAAGUGCUUCCCCGCAGUCGGCCAAGGCUAAGCUAUCACCUAGCUAGGCUAUCAGAAUGAGCCGCCAAGCAGACGAGCAAAGACGCAGAGCAGCGGAGGACAACACGGACAGAGAGGACUUUUUUGACUGCCAAGAGACUUUGGAGGCUCCAGACCGGGGGGAUGAGGAGGACAGGCGACGGGAGGCUGCAGGAGAUGCAGGCAGACCAGAUCAGCAAGCAGAAGAGCAGACGGCACCGCUGGAGGACCAGGAGACUUGGGAGGACUCACAUUACAACUUGAACGUGGAUGCGGACAGCAGAGGAGAUCUGCACGGCCAAGAGCUGACGGAGGAGGAGAAGGAGAGUCGCCGACUGGACAGCUUGAUGCUCAAGGACAAGGGCAACCAGCAGUUUAAGAGUGGAGACUGGUUGGCAGCAGAGCAAAGCUACUCGGAGGCUUUGCUGGUGUGUCCGCUGUGCUUCAGCCAAGAGCGAGCGGUGAUGUUCUCCAACAGAGCAGCGGCUAGACUUCACCUGGACCUGAAAGACGACGGGAUAGCCGACUGCUCCAGAGCGUUGGAGCUCAAUCCACACUACAUGAAGGCCUUGCUUCGGAGGGCGGAGCUUCACGAGCAGACCGAGCAGCUGGACAAGGCUCUGGAGGACUACCAGAAGGUCCUGGAGCAAGACCCCAAGCACACGGCUGCCAGGCAGGCCUGCACGAGGUUGCCUCAGCAGAUUCACGAGAGAAAUGAGAAGCUGAAGGAGGAAAUGUUAGAUAAAUUAAAGGACCUCGGGAACUUAGUCCUGAGACCCUUUGGCCUUUCAACCAACAACUUCCAGGUGAACCAGGACGUCAACACGGGCUCUUACUCCAUCAACUUUGUCAACAAGCCCAACAACACAUGAUGUCAUCCAUCUUUCAAAAUAAAAGUCUUUCCUGUGAUUGUGGGUGCUUUAA